AUGGCUCUCCAUGCCCUGCUCAGCCUUUCGCUCGGGGUUGGAUCGCCCGAGGAAGAGGGCAAAACUGCAGGCACCACAGGUACUCCGACUGCAGCUCAUUCCAAGCAAGAACCGCGCAGCGUCCUGGAGACCCUUCUUGGCCCACUCGGCCCAGGUUCGGAGUUCGACAUCGCUCCGGCCAGCGAGCCCGAGGAGGAUUAUGAGGGUGUCAUUGCUUUGACGAUUUCUUCCAUGAGCGAUGGGAGUGCCAGCGUCGAAGUCUCUGGAGACACUGUCGUUGAGGACCUCAAGGGCCGUGCGGCGCAGCUGAUGGUUCUCUUGCCCCAGCGUGGCACAGGCUCUGUGUUGUUGGAUGUGGCGAGCGGCAAGGUCCUUCCAGGCAACGAGACGGUGCGCUCCUUGGGCCUCUCGCGCAGAAGCAGGCUCCUGCUGCUGGGCAAGUCCAGGCUGUAUGCCCCCAAAGAUUUGCACGUGUCUGCGAUCAUGGUCUACACUCAGCUGGGAGAGCGAAAGUAUGUCCUGGGCAAGCCUCAUUGCCUACGAGAAAACGAAGAUCUUUUGCUUCGCAUGGACACGACGGAGUAUGGUGGAACCCUCAGCGGCGUGGAAAUUCCUGGCGGCUUACUUGGUCGCUUCAUGACACUGCCCGUCGGAGAUGAAAGCUCCGUCCAGCGGAUUGACAAGGUGAAAGUAGGGCAGCAUAGCCGAGACACGGACAGGUGUGCGAGAAAUCUACAUCCCCCUCAGCCGGUUGAGGCGAUUUCUGACUGGCUGAAUGGAUAUGAGGUGAACUUGGGCAUCACCUAUGGAUCCUUGACCGGGGCCUUUGGCCCAACAAACAGCAGCCUGAGCGCGAAGUACCACACCCUCAUCACGCCAUCAGGUCGGGUUCAGGGCGAGCAGAAUGAGCGAGCUAAGUUGCAAGAUCAGAACAGUUUUGAACAUUGGACUCAGGAUUUGCUUUCUCCAUCUGGGGCCCCAUCUUCAUUUGGGAGGGCGUCUUUGCUGUGGCGCAAAUGUUCCCGUCCUAUCGUGGGAGCAUGUUGGUGA